AAACUUGGUGCAUCUCUUUCGACCUAACCUUCUCUACUAUAAAAGCCUCCUGUAACCAUCUCUUUUUCUCACUCACGCUCAUAUUUUCUCUCAAAUCUUUUCUAAAUCUCUCGAAUUCAAUCAAACAUAAUGUCUUGUUUCAAGGGAAAGUACGCCGAGGAGCUCGCUAAAAAUGCUGCCUACAUUGGCACCCCUGGAAAGGGUAUUCUUGCUGCUGAUGAGUCAACUGGCACAAUCGGCAAGCGUCUAUCCAGCAUCAAUGUUGAGAACAAUGAAACAAACAGGCGUGAUCUCCGUGAGCUUCUUUUCUGCACUCCCGGUGCCCUUCAGUACCUCAGUGGAGUCAUCCUUUUUGAAGAGACUCUCUAUCAGAAGACUGCUGGUGGCAAGCCCUUCGUUGAUGUCUUGAAGGAAGGUGGAGUCCUCCCAGGUAUCAAGGUUGACAAGGGUACCGUUGAACUUGCUGGAACAAAUGGUGAAACCACCACUCAGGGUUUUGAUGACCUUGGCAAGCGUUGUGCUAAGUACUAUGAAGCUGGUGCUCGCUUUGCUAAGUGGCGUGCUGUUCUGAAGAUUGGUCCAAAUGAGCCUUCAGAACUUGCCAUCCAUGAGAAUGCCUAUGGUUUGGCUAGAUACGCCAGCAUCUGCCAGGAGAAUGGUCUUGUCCCCAUUGUUGAGCCAGAGAUCCUAGUUGAUGGUUCCCAUGAUAUCAACAAGUGUGCAGCCGUGACUGAGCGUGUUCUCGCUGCAUGUUACAAGGCUUUGAACGACCACCAUGUUAUGCUUGAAGGUACCCUUUUGAAGCCCAACAUGGUCACCCCUGGAUCUGAUUCUCCCAAGGUUGCACCAGAGGUGAUUGCGGAGUACACUGUGCGAGCCUUGCAGCGCACUGUGCCUGCUGCAGUUCCUGCAAUUGUGUUCUUGUCUGGUGGUCAGAGCGAGGAGGAAGCUACCCUCAACCUCAACGCCAUGAACAAACUCCAGGGGAAGAAGCCAUGGUCACUUUCAUUCUCAUUCGGACGUGCACUUCAGCAGAGCACUCUCAAGGCUUGGGGAGGAAAGAAGGAGAACGUGGAGAAGGCUCAGGCUUCAUUCCUUGUAAGGGCCAAGGCCAACUCAGAGGCCACCCUUGGUGCUUACAAGGGUGAUGCUAAGCUUGGUGAGGGCGCUGCAGAGUCUCUCCAUGUCAAGGACUACAAAUACUAAUUUAAUGGCAGAUGCUGAGUCUUCUGGUCAUUUGUUUUAUGAAUUAUGAGUGUGAAUGGCGGUACAACAUUAGCUUUGCCCCGUUCUCAGCCAUUGGAAGGGGCGCUCUCUUCUGAUAUUAUUAGGUUAGGGUAAUAAAAAGCUUAAGUGAGGAGCUUUGGUUGAAUGGUUUUGUCAAUUAAGUUUUAGACUGUUUAUGUUAUCGUUUCUCUUGAACGGUCUUUUGUUACAAUUGACAAUCGAUCUUAAUAUUUUUUCUUGAUGAA